AUGACAGGGCUUGUAAUGGUGACAAGGGGAGGUGGGUGUGGUGGGAAUGUGAAAGGAGGAGCCAAGGCAACAAAGAGCUCAGAGCUGGAAGAGCAGAACCAGCUCUCUCUGGUAGCCUUUCUCUUGGCUGCUAUAAGGAAAUCCAUGGUGGCCUGCCAUGUUGAGCGAGGUGAAGAACUGAUCUCUGCCGUCCAUCACUUGGACAUCGGGUGGCCCACAAAUGUCAAGCACAUCACUCAUGUCACCUUCGACCGCUUCAAUGGCUUUCUGGGUCUUCCAGUUGAGUUCGAGGUUGAGAUCCCUGGUCGAGUUCCCAGUGCUAGUGCAAGUGUGUUUGGCGUCUCAGUAGAGUCAAUGCAGUUGUCUUUUGAUUCAAAAGGGAACAGUGUCCCUACCAUUCUCUUGCUAAUGCAGGAGCGGUUAUACUCACAAGGAGGAUUGAAGGCAGAAGGAAUAUUCCGUAUAAACCCGGAGAACAGCCAAGAGGAGAUUGUGAGAAACCAAUUGAACAGGGGUAUGGUGCCAGAUGACAUUGAUGUCCAUUGUUUGUCAGGUCUAAUUAAGGCCUGGUUUCGAGAGCUUCCUUCGGGAGUGCUGGAUGGACUAUCACCUCAACAAGUACUUCAAUGCGAAACAGAAGAGGACUGCGUUGAGCUUGUGAAGCAGCUAAAGCCAACUGAGGCUGCAUUACUCAAUUGGGCUAUUGAUCUGAUGGCUGAUGUUGUUGAAGAGGAAGAAUUCAACAAAAUGAAUCCGAGAAAUAUCGCUAUGGUGUUCGCUCCAAACAUGACUCAGAUGUCUGAUCCUCUGACGGCCUUGAUGCAUGCUGUUCAAGUAAUGAAUUUGCUUAAGACCCUGAUUAUUAAAACACUAAGAGAACGUGAAGAGACUGAUACUGGUUCGUAUUCGCCCAUGUCAUCUCGUUCAUCUGAUCAUCAAACAGACGAAGACUUUGAUAGCCAGCACGAGAUGGAGAUGGAAAGUAGCUCUGAGUUGAGUGGACCAACAUCAGAUUAUGAUGAGAAUCCCCACAGCAGCCACAGAAGCGAAGACCGAGAUGAAGUCCGGUCACUAAGUGAGAUAGAAGAAUGCUUCUUGAGACAACUGGAUGAGAUUAAAACUGCCACAAGUAGUUUGGAAAUAAUGGAUGAACCAACAGGUCAGUUAGAUGGGGAUUGUCCGAGUCCUCAAAGCUGCUCUGGCUUCAACGGGGAGUCUGGCACAUCAUUUUCUGAUAGCAAGAAUGGGAAUUCUGGUUUUAGUACAAGUGACGGGGAAGAAGACUCAGGAAAAUGUGUUGUAGCUGUGGAACAGGACAUGGAUACAGAGAUCCCUGUAUCAAUAGCCUGUGCUAACAUGGAUGAAAUGGAGAUGGUGGACAAAUUUGUGGAGCCCUCGAUUGCAUCUAACGGAUCCGUUUGA